UUGGCUGUAAAGACUACAGCAACAGCUUACUUUGGCAAUAUUCUUUCAUAUUCCUCCUUCUUCUGCAUACCUUUCAGAUAAAUUAAGUUAAAAAACCCCACAAAAAGGAGAGAAAAUAAAGAAAAAGAAAAGGUUAAACAUGAAUCCCAUGCAGUUUUCAGCCUUAAAACAACCAUACUGGAGAUGGGUUUUGUUGUUAGUGUUUUCUUUGUUAGUUUCUAGCUCCUUUUCUGAUCCAAGAAUCUCAAACUCUGGCCUUUUCUGUGGAAAUUCCAAGCCACCAAAUGGAACCAACUUUGUUCCAAACUUUGUUAAAGAGAUGCAAGGGUUGUUAGAAGUGAUUAACACCAGCCACUUUGCUUCUUACCACCUCAACUCUACACCUCCAAUGUAUGCUUUGGCUCAGUGUCAUCAAGACCUUUCACAAAAUGAUUGCCUUCUUUGCUAUGCAGCCUCGAGGACUCGAAUCCCACGUUGCCUUCCUUCUGUUUCGGCUCGAAUCUUUCUUGAUGGCUGCUUCUUGCGUUAUGAUAAUUACAGCUUUUUUCAGGAGUCUGUUUCAUCUAGUUUGGAUAAUGUUAGCUGCAGCUCUAAUAAUAUAACAAUGUCCGGUGAAGAUAAUAACAAGAGGGUGAAUUUGUUUGGUAGGAACGUUGAUUAUGCAGUUGGGAAAGUGACUAGGAUUGCUUUGAGAAAUGGAGGAUUUGGGGUGGAGCAGGUGGAUGGAGUGUAUGCAUUGGCACAGUGUUGGAAAAGUGUUCCAGCUGAAGGGUGUAGACAGUGCCUGCAGAAGGCGGCAAAGGCCGUCAGAGGCUGCGUGCCAAAGAAGGAAGGGAGAGGGAUGAAUACUGGAUGUUAUUUGAGGUACUCGACCAAGAAGUUUUAUAAUGAAGGGACAGAGGCAGAGCAUGAUCAUGGUUUUUCUGGAAUUUCAAUCAUUAUAGCAAUUGUCUCAGCAACAUCUGCAUUCUUGAUGCUCUCUCUUUCAGCAAUUUAUGCUACUUAUGCAAGAUUAUCAAAGAGGAAAAAAGAGCUCAAAAAUCUCGGCCAGAUUUCGAAAAGAAUUGACAGAUCAGGAUUGAAGUUCAACUAUGAAACUCUUGAGAAGGCAACAGAUUAUUUUAGUAUGUCAAGGAAACUAGGCCAAGGAGGAGCUGGUUCAGUAUUCAUGGGGAUUCUUCCAAAUGGGAAAAUUGUAGCUGUAAAGAGAUUGAUAUACAAUACCAGGCAAUGGGUAGAUGAGUUUUUUAAUGAGGUAAACUUAAUCAGCAGAAUUCAGCACAAGAACCUGGUGAAGCUUCUGGGUUGUAGCAUUGAGGGCCCAGAGAGUCUCCUGGUUUAUGAGUAUGUACCGAACAAGAGCCUUGAUCACUUCAUUUUUGAUGAGAAGAAAGCAAACUUUCUGAAGUGGAAGCAAAGGUUUGAUAUCAUUGUUGGAACAGCUGAAGGUCUAGCACAUCUUCAUGGAGGAGCAUCUCAAAUAAGGAUAAUCCAUAGGGACAUUAAAAGCAGCAAUGUUCUUUUAGAUGAGAAUCUUAAUCCAAAGAUUGCUGAUUUUGGACUCGUACGAUGUUUAGCUACUGAUAAGAGUCAUCUCAGCACUGGGGUUGCUGGAACACUAGGAUACAUGGCGCCUGAGUACCUUGUUCGAGGACAACUUACAGAGAAAGUGGAUGUUUACAGCUUUGGGGUACUAGUUCUUGAGAUUGUAUGUGGUAAAAGGAAUACCACCUUCACAAAGGACUCUGGUUCCCUUCUACAAACAGUUUGGACACUUUACAGAUCAAACAGAUUGCCUGAAGCUAUUGACCCUUGCAUGAGAGAUGAUUUUUCGGCAAAAGAGGCCCCAAAUGUGCUUCAAAUUGGGCUGUUAUGCACACAAGCUUCAGUUGCCUUGAGACCAUCAAUGGCACAAGUAGUUCAGAUGCUAACUGAUAAAGAUUGUGAAAUCCCUCCACCUAACCAGCCUCCUUUCUUAAAUGCUAGUCUGCUAGAACCAACAAAUUCAACAAGGUCAUAUAGCACAGAUAGUUUCAUAUCAAAUGCAGUGAGAAAAAUUCAAGGUUCCGGUACUUCCUCCGAGUCUUCUAGGACUCGCAGUUCGGAUGAGGCAUCAAGAAACCAAUAAUAAUUUUGCAGAAGUUAGUUCAAACCAGGUUUUCAGGAAUUUCCAAGGCAUAUAAAACAGCAAUGAAACAGUUGAUCUCUCAUGGUAGCAAUGAAGUUGCAAUCAGAUGAGAGUUCACAUAUGCUAUAAUGAAGUGCUAUGUAUAGAAGGUUCAGUUAGUGGUUAACUAUGACUUCGAGUUGGAUGACAAAAAAAAAAAAAAACCAAAUCUUCUGCUUUGUCCGUUUGAAUCGUUUGAGAAGAAAACAUGCCGUAAAUCUGUAGAUAUCUAUGUUAGAUCAAUUUUUCCGCGGGCAAUUUGCAGCAUAGCCUUUUCUUGUCUUCUAGCUUUCAUAAAUAUAUAUUUUUUGUAAUUUCUUGUCACACUCGAUAUUCUCUUUGGAUUCCAAAAGUUAAAGAGGUUGU